AUGGGGAAGGUGAAGCAACACGCUGGUGCCCUUUCCAGCAAAGAAAGGGAAGAUCGAAUUCAUCGUGCCCUAGUCAAGAAGGCUGAAAUACCAAAGGUUCCGUGGUCUGUCCUAUCUUUGGAGUUCGGCAUACCCGCUUCCACCCUCAACGAUCGGUUCAAUGGCAGAAAGAAUCGCCAGGAAGCUCAUCAGAGCCAGCAAAAGUUGUCACCGGUUAUUGAGAAGUCACUUAAGAAAUGGAUUCAAGAUAUGGAUGAUGCGGGUUUUCCUCCUAGGGUGGAUCUUUUGCGGGGUAUGGCAUCAGCCUUAGCGCAGAAUAUUGCAGAAGAGGACAAGCUUGAUCCUACUGCGGCUAUUAUUGGCCGAAACUGGGUCUCUCGAUUUUUAGACCGACACCCUGAUUUGGCAUCCAAAUAUAGUACCCAGCUAGACCGACAGAGACAAAAUGCGAGCAAUCCUGUCACCCUGCGCAAUUAUUUCAAUAAACUUAGCCGGCUUGUACGUCGCUUAAUCCCCUUGGGACUUCGGCCUAGUGACGAUAUUUAUAACUUUGACGAAAAGGGUUUCAUUCUUGGAUAUUCGGCAAAGGCAAAAGUAAUUUGUCGAUCCGGUAGACGAAAUCCCAAUGUCGCACAAGAUGCAUCAAGAGAAUUAAUUACUGUCGUGGAAACGGUUUCUGUUGGUGGACUCGUUUUACCACCUUGGGUAAUAUACAAAGGGAAGGGCCACUACAUGGGCUGGCACCAAGAGACGAAUGACGCGAAUGCUGUAUUUGCAUAUAGUAACAACGGCUGGACUGACAACAAUAUGGGACUGAGAUGGCUACGAGAACAUUUUGAUGUGUAUUCUUCAAAAAUCAGUGGGACACGACCUCGACUACUGGUUAUGGACGGUCAUGGAUCACACUUAACAUAUGAAUUUUGUUCAUAUGCGCUAUCUCAUAAUAUUUAUUUAAUCUGUCUUCCCGCACACUCAACGCACCUCUUACAACCACUCGAUGUCGGAUUAUUUGGUCCUCUUCAGCACUACUACGGAAAAGCGGCGGACAACCACAUAAGAGAAACCCGAACAGGCAUCACAAAGGGAACAUUUUGGUCUUUUUUCACAGAGGCAAGAGCCAAAGCCUUUACCAAGCAGACAAUCCAAGCAUCUUUCCACGCCACGGGCAUCUUUCCGCUGAAUCCAGAUAAUGUGUUGACCAAAGUGAAACCAAAUCAACUUACUGCUAUACCUGUGGGCUCAACUGUUUUACUUCAGAAGCAACUCUCAACUCCAAAAAACCGACGGGAAUUGCGCCAGCAGACACAAUUUGCCCUUAAUCCAGAAGCGCAUCUAAAGAUUGGACCAGCGGAGUCAAAACCAAUUCUCAAUCCGACCGAUUAUUCAGCGAUCAUUCUUCGCCUUUUGCACUUAGCUGAGGAGACACUCACACAAGCGGACAUAGCCAAAAUUCAACUCCGGGAUCUGAGGGUAAAAUAUGAAGGUAAAAGAGCUAUUAGGGCAGACAGGCGGGUUUUAUCCAAAGCUCAAGUCAUUACUGGAGCGGAAAUAAUAAGGCUCAAGAACGCUUUAGAAAAGAAGGAAAUGUCCUCUAAUGCCUUGAAAGAUAAAUUAUUAGCUAAGAAGAAAGAGGAGGCGGGAGAUGGUACAAAGCAAAGGACUCGGAGUGUGCCAACCAGGAGACAGCCUGCAAGACCUAAAAAGAACCUUGACAUGCUUUAA